CAGACAACGUGUCAGGCUGUCAGCGCACUCAUCAAAUAACAACACACACAACCACGGGCCCCCCUGCGUACGACACAGGACAGCAGCGUCAUCCUCUUUUUCCGCCAAAGGAGGACAGUGAUCCGUAUUUGCUCCCCCUUGGUGCGUACGACAAACAAGCAAGAAACAAGGCAGCGCAACCUCCCUGCCAGGUUUUCAAAAGUGAGCAAGCGAUUGAACCUCCCUUCUCCCUUCCUUCAAGGACCCAAAAAACACAAGCACAAGCACAGGCACACACAAGGCCAGGCUUCUCUUUGAUUGCUACGGAAGACACGCAUAGCGACACACGUCCCGAGCAAGAUGAAUGCGUAUCAUGCGCGUAAUCCCAAUAUGGGCGGCCGUCUAGCGGAACUCCUAGAUGCCGUCAAGGCAGAAUUUGAAAAUGUCACUCAAGAGGCCAGCGCCUACAAGAACUACAAGGACGACUAUGAGCAUAAAAUUGCAUCGCAGAUUCAGGAAAUGCAGAGUAUGCGUCAAAACGUCUACGAGCUACAGAUGGCGCAUGAAAAGAUGAAGCAAGUGUAUGAAGAAGAAAUCACGCGUCUUAGGCGAGAACUCGAUGCAAAGCCCGGAGCAGCCACGCACCCAACAGCCGGUCAAGGUAGUUUCAGCUUCCCGGCAAAUGAUUCUGCGCCACGCCCUAAAUUGGGUGCUGCAUCCAAUAUCUUUGGCGGUAUUAUUGCUGGCAAAGGUGGACAAGCCUUACCUGCUCAUACGGCUGAACAACAAGGAGGCCGGGCCGGUGCACCACCUGCUCAGCAGCAACAAGCCGGAUAUGCGAAUGGUGGCAUGCAUGCGAAUGGGGGUGGUAGUAUGGACCAAAAGCACAAGUUGGGCGGUUACCCGGAGCCUUCGCGACAAGGUGCUCCACCAUCGAUUCAACAACAGCAGCAGUUUGGUUAUGGUGGACCACCACCACCACCCCAGCAACAGCAGCCACAACCUGCUCACCCACAGCAGCAAGCUCCACUCGUUGCUACACCAGCUGGCGAAACGGCCAUUGCACAACAGCAAGCGCCUGUUCCUGCAACAACGACGCCUGCGCCUGAACCUGCUCGUCAGUCCUUCACAGAACUCGACAUUGAUUCUGUUCCUCGUGAGAUGAAGAAGGAAGGAAGUGAUUGGUUUGCUGUGUUUAAUCCAAAUGUCGCUCGAACGCUGGAUGUCAAUUUGGUGCAUACCCUCGAUCACAAUUCAGUUGUGUGUUGUGCGCGUUUCUCUGCAGAUGGAAAGUUCCUUGCUACAGGCUGUAAUCGAGCAGCCAACAUUUUUGAUGUCAAGACUGGUCAGAAGGUGACGGUGUUGGAGGAUACCGAUGCCUCAACGGAUGGCGACUUGUAUAUCCGCUCCGUUGCCUUCUCCCCCGACGGUACGCAACUUGCAACAGGUGCUGAGGAUAAAGUGAUUCGCGUUUGGGAUAUCGCCACCAAGAAAGUGCGGCAUGUGUUUACCGGUCACGAACAAGACAUCUACUCCCUUGACUUUUCAAAGAAUGGCAGAUUCGUUGCAAGUGGAUCCGGUGAUCGGACAGCGCGUGUUUGGGACCUCGAAGGUGGUCAGCAAGUCCUGACGUUGUCCAUUGAAGAUGGUGUCACCACCGUUGCCAUCUCGCCAGAUGGUAAUUAUAUUGCUGCCGGAUCACUCGAUAAAGUGGUUCGUGUGUGGGAUGCCAAGACGGGCUACCUCGUUGAGCGUCUCGAGGGACACAAGGAUUCCGUCUAUUCAGUCGCCUUUUCACCAAACGGUAAAGACCUCUACUCCGGAUCCCUCGACAAGACUGUCAAACUCUGGGAACUCUCUGCACCACGCGGUAUCCCGGCUUCUUCUACGCCAAAGGGCGGUGUGUGUCGUAUGGACUUUGCAGGACACAAGGACUUUGUCUUAUCUGUUGCACCCUCACCAGAUGGCCAAUGGCUCAUCUCUGGCAGUAAAGAUCGAAGUGUUCACUUUUGGGAUCCACGCAGUGCUCAAGUGCAAUUGCUCCUACAGGGACACAAGAAUUCCGUCAUCUCAGUGAGUGCGUCGCCACAGGGACACUUGUUUGCUACAGGUUCGGGAGAUUGCAAAGCACGGAUCUGGUCAUAUGAGACGUUGCAGUAAAGAUUUUUUUUGCAAGAUCAUUGGGGCCCGCCUCUUCCAUUGAUUGUCUGUACGGGGCAGUCUGUCUUUUAUGUGUUGUUUCAUUCUCGCUCUCCUAUUUCAUCUGUAACAGACAACCCAUCCAUCCAUCCAUCCAUCUCCACUUACUUGAUGAGCGUCUUGAGUGAUAACAGUGACUUUGCCAAGACACUCUCUUGUGAUAAAUUCUUGGCAAGUGAUAAAUCAGCCAACUGUCGUUUCUGUGAUUGCAACUUAAUCAUGGUCUGCUCAAUACUUCCUUCCACCACAUAACUCACAACAGCCACCUGUUUGCGUUGUCCAAUACGAUGACAACGAUCAACGGCUUGUGCAUAGAUACUUGGAUUCCAACAAGGUUCCAUGAAAAAGACUCGAUUCGCAGCAACGAGAUUCAAACCAACACCACCAGCGCGUGUUGAAACAAGCAUAACGCGAACACCAUCUGCUGAAGCAUCA